AUGAGCACCGAUUUACUUGCUGACCUCGGAGGGGAGGGGCUCUUCGACAGAAUAUGCGCCGACGAUAUCCUUUCCGGGUUGGAGGAAGGCGCGGGCGAGCUCGACGAAGAGAAAAAGGAGGAAAAGAGCAAGGAUGAACACAAACCGUCCGCAGAAGAAGAGAAGAGUGGCGAGGAGACGAACGGUGGGAGGAGCGCGCGAGGGUCGGUCGACUUCGAAGUUGACCGUGGACAUUUAGACAAGAUGACGGGACUUAACAAGUUCAGAGAUUUGGAGAAAAGGCGAGAAGAGGAACGCAAGCAGCACCAAAAAGAGCUGGAGGCUGAGAAGGCGAAGAAGCCGUAUACGGGGAAAAAGUGGGGCAUAACGACGCCUGCCGGCCCAGUCCGGCCUCAGGAGGCCGGCUCCAUCGUGGCAGACGCAGUUCGGUCCAACGCAGCCAAGCUGUCUGCCCGCGAAGAGAUCGAGCAACAGGCUAAGAAGGCGCGCGAGAAGGAGUUGUUGAUGCACGGAGGGGUCCCAGCCGUUGCUGCGGCGACAGAGCUGGCGUCUGAACAAGUCCCGAACGGCGAGGUGACUUCGGAGGAGCAAAACGCCCAAGGUGAAGAAGAGGUCGCCGAGGCCGCUGUCGCAGUGGCAACUUGCGCUGAAGCCUCCGAGACGAAGUGUGAAGACGGGCGUUCGCACGGCACAGUCACGCAAAGUACAGUGUCUGAGCACUCCGAACAUGAACAAGAAGCAAAAGAAGACAAAGACGCUCCCGAAGAAGGCGUCGCGGUGGUAGCAGCAGUCGCGGUAGUCGAGAGCGCGGGCAGCGCAAAGCCGCCACGCGGUUCCGCGGUUCGUUCUGAUCUGAAAGCUGAGUUGCAGAAGAUCAAGCACAAAAUGGUCGGGCUUUUCUCCUGUUACCACAAGAAAGGAGCGAAGGAGCCAGGCAGACCCGAAGAGUCACGCGUGUCCAUAGAUGCAGAGCCAACGGGCGACGGCGAGGCUGCCGGCGCGGAGGCGACGAGUUCGCAUGGAGACGUCGCACCAGCUGACGGGGAGGCCGGCGUCGGUGGAAAGGAGCAAGUUCGUGAGGACGAGCAUGGCGCAGAUCAAGGCAAACCAGAGAACGAAACAGCUGUCGAAGGGGAGACACUAGGCGCUGGAAAUGAAAACCCGCCAACGACCGAAGAAGUGACACAGCCCACUGCGGAAGAAGCGACACAACCGACUGCGGAAGGAGCGACACAACCGACUGCUGAAGAAGCGACACAACCGACUGCGGAAGGAGCGACACAACCGACUGCGGAAGAAGUGACACAACCGACUGCGGAAGAAGUGACACAACCGACUGCGGAAGAAGUGACACAACCGACUGCGGAAGAAGCGAAUCAUCCAACGGUGGAAGAAGUGACGCAACCGACUGCGGAGGAAGCGAAUCAUCCAACGGUGGAAGAAGUGGCGCAACCGACUGCGGAGGAAGCGAAUCAUCCAACGGUGGAAGAAGCGACACAACCGACUGCGGAAGAAGCGAAUCAUCCAACGGUGGAAGAAGUGACGCAACCGACUGCGGAGGAAGCGAAUCAUCCAACGGUGGAAGAAGCGACACAACCGACUGCGGAAGAAGCCAAAGGAGCAUAG